AUGGCUUCUUCUUCAACCCUAUUUCAAUCUUCACCUUUCUCUCUCAACAACACCAAAACCAAACCCUAUUAUUCUCUUCCCAAUUCACCAAAACCCACUCAUUUCACUAUCAAAUCCCAAUCUCAACCAACACAACCCCAAAUCAACCUCACUCAAUCAACCAACAACAACACUCCCACCACUCCACCACCUCCCACCACCAAACACCGCCGUCCCGCCGACCAAAACAUCCGCGACGAAGCCCGUCGCACAAACAUCUCCCAAAAUCUCUUCUCCGCCAAAUACGUCCCAUUCAACGCCGAUCCAUCUUCCACUGAAUCCUACUCCCUCGACGAAAUCGUUUACCGAUCUCAAUCCGGCGACCUCCUCGACGUUCAACAUGACCUCACCGCUCUCAAGAAAUUCGACGGUGCUUACUGGCGUAACCUCUUUGAUUCUCGUGUCGGUAAAACCACAUGGCCAUAUGGUUCUGGUGUUUGGAGUAAAAAGGAAUGGGUUUUACCUGAAAUUGAUGAUGAUGAUAUUGUUAGUGCUUUUGAAGGUAAUUCUAAUCUUUUUUGGGCUGAACGUUUUGGCAAACAGUUUCUAGGCAUGAAUGAUUUAUGGGUUAAACAUUGUGGUAUUAGUCAUACUGGUAGUUUUAAGGAUUUGGGUAUGACUGUUCUUGUUAGUCAAGUUAAUCGUCUUCGAAAAAUGAAUCGUCCUGUUGUUGGUGUUGGUUGUGCUUCCACUGGUGAUACUUCGGCUGCUUUGUCUGCUUAUUGUGCAUCUGCUGGGAUACCUUCCAUUGUUUUCCUUCCUGCUAAUAGAAUAUCGAUUGCUCAAUUGGUUCAACCCAUUGCGAAUGGUGCUUUUGUUCUUAGCAUUGAUACUGAUUUUGAUGGGUGUAUGCAGUUGAUUCGUGAAGUUACGGCUGAAUUGCCUAUUUAUUUGGCUAAUUCUUUGAAUAGUUUGAGGCUUGAAGGACAGAAAACUGCUGCAAUUGAGAUUUUGCAGCAGUUUGAUUGGCAGGUACCUGAUUGGGUUAUUGUACCGGGUGGUAAUCUUGGAAAUAUUUAUGCUUUUUAUAAAGGGUUUCAUAUGUGUAGAGAGUUAGGUCUUGUGGAUAGGAUUCCAAGGCUUGUUUGUGCUCAAGCUGCAAAUGCGAAUCCGUUAUAUUUGUAUUUUAAGUCGGGUUGGAAAGAGUUUAAGCCGGUUAGGGCACAGACGACUUUUGCUUCUGCUAUACAGAUUGGUGAUCCUGUUUCUAUUGAUAGAGCUGUUCAUGCUUUGAAGAACUGUAAUGGUAUUGUCGAGGAAGCUACUGAGGAAGAAUUGAUGGAUGCUAUGGCUCAGGCUGAUUCGACUGGCAUGUUUACUUGUCCUCAUACCGGUGUUGCUUUGACUGCUUUGUUUAAGCUUAGGAAUAGCGGUGUUAUUAAGCCUACUGAUAGGACUGUGGUGGUGAGUACUGCUCAUGGGUUGAAGUUUACUCAGUCCAAAAUUGAUUACCAUUCAAAGGGUAUCAAGGAUUUGGAUUGCCAAUUUGCCAAUCCUCCAAUGCAGGUCAAGGCUGAUUUUGGAUCUGUUAUGGAUGUUUUGUCCAAGUAUUUGCAGAGCAAGGCUCCCAAGUAUCAUUAGGUUAGCGCUGCUGGUUUUUGCUGCAUGUUUGUUUUUUAGGCAUUGUGUUGUCUUUUGUAUUAGAUUUUCGGUCUUUAUGAUGAUUUACUUGCAUUUUGUAUGCAUGCUGCUCUCUUUAAUUGAGAAAGCUUGCUGGAUUUGUUGUAGAUUAUCUUUGUUGAGCAUUUAGUAGCUCCCCGUAGAAAAUAAUCGGAUAAAAUAAGAAAUGCUCAUCAUUGGCUUUGUUA